CGCUGGAGGGAUGGAUAGAUAGAUAGAUAGAUAGAUAGAUAGAUAGAUAGAUAGACAGACAGCCCCUCUGGCUGGACUCUGGCUCUUGUGGGGCAGCCGGAGAGGAGGCGACCCAAGCAGAAGGCAGUGGCCUCUGUGCCUCUCUCCUCCUGCUGUGAGCAGUGAAGGAAUUCUGCAGCCAGGCUCGGGACCCAGAGAAGCCUCCGCUUCCUCUGGUUCCUCUGCUCCCGACUCUUGGGAAGAAGGAAACGGAGGGAAAGGAGGAAGGAGGAAGGAGGAAAGGAGGAGGCGGCGGUGGAUACUGGCUGCUGGAAGGGGAGAAGGUUGUGAAGACAAUGGUUACAUCCUCCCUGCUAAACAGAUCUGAAGAUGGUAGACAUCCUGUAGAAAAUGUUUGGAAACAUCCAGUUGAGCCUUCAUCUGAUUGCUUUGUUUCCUCCAAAAGAUUUUUUCAUCACUUUUUAAUGACACUUUCACCUUGUCAUCCCAUCAUGGUUCCUGUACUGGCUUAAACCAUUUCCUAAAAUGCUCCUUCUGCUUAUUAUAUUGUUAUUGAAGGAAGAUGUCUGUGGGAACUUUGGUCUUUUGGUUUCUGCACAGUCCAGUGAGAGAAGAGUGGUGGCCUACAUGCCUGGCGACAUUAUCAUUGGAGCUUUGUUCUCUGUCCACCACCAGCCAUCCGUUGACAAGGUCCACGAGAGGAAAUGUGGAGAGGUGAGAGAGCAAUAUGGGAUCCAGAGAGUGGAGGCAAUGCUUCAUACCCUAGAUAGGAUUAAUCAAAACCAGACGCUGUUGCCCAACAUAACUCUAGGCUGUGAGAUCAGGGAUUCGUGUUGGCAUUCAGCAGUCGCACUUGAGCAAAGCAUUGAGUUCAUCCGGGACUCUCUCAUCUCAGCAGAAGAAGAGCAAGGACUGAUGAAGUGUGUGGAUGGAUCGUCAUCUUCUUUCCACUCCAAGAAGCCCAUCGUUGGUGUCAUUGGACCUGGGUCCAGUUCAGUGGCAAUUCAGGUGCAAAACCUGUUGCAGCUUUUCAACAUACCUCAGAUUGCCUACUCAGCCACAAGCAUGGACUUAAGUGACAAGACCUUGUUCAAAUAUUUCAUGAGAGUGGUACCCUCAGAUGCACAACAGGCUCGAGCUAUGGUGGACAUUGUCAAGAGAUACAACUGGACCUAUGUAUCUGCUGUACAUACUGAAGGAAACUAUGGUGAAAGUGGAAUGGAAGCCUUCAAAGACAUGUCCGCCAAGGAAGGGAUCUGUAUUGCUCAUUCCUACAAGAUCUACAGCAAUGCUGGGGAACAGAGCUUCGAUAAAUUGUUGGAGAAGUUAAGAAGCCAUUUACCCAAGGCAAGAGUUGUGGCAUGCUUCUGCGAGGGCAUGACUGUGCGAGGGCUACUUAUGGCUAUGAGACGUUUGGGUCUGGCUGGAGAAUUCUUGCUGCUAGGCAGCGAUGGCUGGGCAGACAGGUACGAUGUGACAGACGGCUACCAGCGUGAAGCUGUUGGCGGAAUAACAAUCAAGCUCCAGUCUCCUGAUGUGAAAUGGUUUGAUGAUUAUUACCUGCAGCUUCAGCCAGAAACCAAUCACCGAAACCCAUGGUUUCAGGAAUUUUGGCAACACCGAUUUCAGUGCCGGCUAAAGGGGUCCCCACAGGAGAAUCCAAAAUUCAAUAAGACCUGCAGCAGUAAUUUGACCUUAGAAACCCAACAUGUGCAAGAUUCAAAGAUGGGCUUUGUGAUUAAUGCAAUAUACUCCAUGGCAUAUGGCCUCCACAAUAUGCAGAUGACAUUGUGUCCAGGCUAUGCAGGUCUUUGUGAUGCUAUGAAACCAAUCGACGGACGGAAGCUUCUGGAUUCUCUUAUGAAGUCUAACUUUACUGGGGUUUCUGGGGACAUGAUCUCUUUUGAUGAGAAUGGAGAUUCACCAGGACGAUAUGAGAUCAUGAAUUUUAAGAAAAUGGGAAAGGACUACUUUGACUACAUCAAUGUUGGAAGCUGGGACAAUGGCGAACUGAAGAUGGAUGAUGAGGAAAUUUGGGCAAAGAAAAGUUCCGUCAUCAGAUCUGUCUGCAGUGAACCUUGCGAGAAAGGAGAGAUCAAGGUGAUCCGCAAAGGAGAAGUCAGUUGCUGUUGGACUUGCACACCCUGCAAAGAAAAUGAAUUUGUUUUUGAUGAAUACACCUGCAAGGCCUGUGACUUGGGUUCUUGGCCCAAUGAGCAGCUCACUGGCUGUGAUUUAAUCCCAGUCCAGUAUCUGCGAUGGGGCGAUCCAGAGCCAAUUGCAGCUGUUGUGUUUGCCUGCUUGGGUCUCCUGGCCACCAUGUUUGUUACUGCUGUUUUCAUCAUAUACCGCGAUACACCAGUUGUCAAGUCAUCAAGCCGAGAACUCUGCUACAUCAUCUUAGCUGGCAUAUUUUUGGGGUACCUGUGUACUUUUUGUCUCAUUGCAAAGCCUCAGAAGAUCUAUUGUUACCUACAAAGAAUUGGCAUUGGUCUUUCCCCCGCAAUGAGUUACUCUGCCCUGGUGACGAAAACCAACCGGAUUGCAAGGAUCCUGGCUGGCAGCAAGAAGAAAAUCUGCACCAAGAAACCUCGGUUCAUGAGCGCCUGUGCCCAGCUGGUCAUUGCGUUUAUCUUAAUAGGCGUCCAGCUGGGCAUCAUUGUGGCUCUUUUCAUAAUGGAGCCCCCAAAUAUCAAGCAUGAUUAUCCGAGCAUCCAAGAAGUAUAUCUGAUAUGCAACACCACCAACCUAGGAGUUGUGACCCCUCUUGGAUAUAAUGGUUUGCUCAUUUUAAGUUGCACCUUCUACGCAUUCAAAACCAGAAAUGUUCCUGCAAAUUUCAAUGAGGCCAAAUACAUUGCAUUCACCAUGUACACCACUUGCAUCAUUUGGCUGGCUUUUGUCCCCAUUUAUUUUGGGAGCAAUUAUAAGAUUAUCACCAUGUGUUUUUCAGUCAGCUUGAGUGCCACUGUAGCUCUUGGUUGCAUGUUUGUGCCAAAAGUAUAUAUCAUCCUUGCCAAGCCAGAGAGGAAUGUACGCAGUGCAUUUACCACUUCAACUGUGGUUCGCAUGCAUGUUGGAGAUGGGAAGUCAUCUUCUGCUACCAGCCGUUCAAGCAGUUUGAUCAACCUGUGGAAAAGGAGGGGAUCUUCUGGAGAGACCCUAAGGUACAAAGGCAGGAAGCUGGCCCAGCACAAGUCCGAAAUAGAGUGUUUCACUCCAAAAGGGAGUAUGGGAAAUGGUGGGCGAGCAACCAUGAGCAGUUCCAAUGGGAAAUCAGUCACUUGGGCUCAGAAUGAGAAGACCACGAGCAGAGGAGCCCACCUCUGGCAGCGGCUUUCCAUUCACAUCAACAAGAAGGAGAAUCCCAACCAAACGGCCGUCAUCAAGCCUUUCUCCAAAAGCACAGAUAGUAGCCGACACAGCAGUAGCACAACCAUUGCCACCACCUUUCCUGAGACCAGUGCCAAAACACUUUAUGAUGUCUCCGAAGCAGAAGAACACUACCCAGCUCAGUACCGAGCUCAGACUCCUUCCCCUAUCAGCACAGUGAGCCAGAGGACUGCCUCGCUUAGCCGGACCGAAGACGAUGCACCAACUUUCCAGUCAGAGCAAGCCCAGCGGAGCAGUUCCUCCCAAGGUUCUCUGAUGGAGCAAAUCAGCAGUGUGGUGACCCGUUUCACUGCCAAUAUCAGUGAAUUGAACUCCAUGAUGCUUUCUACUCCAACAUCGGGAACCAUGGGGACUACUCCUCUGUGUUCUUCUUACCUGAUCCCAAGAGAGAUCCAGCUUCCUACAACCAUGACAACGUUUGCAGAGGUACAACCACUCCCUGCCAUUGAGGUGAAUGGAGCAUCCCAAUCAGCCAGAAAGGACUCUUGUGACAGCGUCAAAGAGGGCCCUUCGGUGGAAACACCGGUGGUGACAAAGCCGGAGCUUGACGAUUUGGUGGCUUUAACUCCUCCCUCCCCUUUCAGGGACUCUGUUGAUUCCGGGAGUGCUUCGCCCAGUUCCCCAGCAUCCGAAUCUGCCCUUUGUAUGCCCUCAUCACCGAAAUAUGACUCACUUAUUAUAAGAGAUUAUGCUCAGAGUUCUUCUUCUUUGUGAAUGUAGUUGACGUUCAAUCCUGGAUCUCGACAGCUUCAGGUCGAUAGGGAAGGGAGGCUAGGCCUCUAAGUUCUCCAGCGUUGAUAGACACAGUGAGAGUAAUGGGUCAUCCUGGGGGGGAAACAUGGAUGAGGGAAGAGAAAUGACAGAUGUAUUAUGUUGUUUUACACACACACACACACACACACACACACACACACAAACUUUUAGCAGAUUUUGUGGCCUUAAAAACAUGGGCUUUUAAAAUGAAAAGAUAGACACAUUUACACACAAACACACACACACACACACACACACACACUGCACCUAUUUCCUAGGGCUUAUAAGGAGUCUCCUAAAUUACUUACAUACUAAGUGCUUUGCAUUAGUGUCUAACAAUGAAUCCUCAACACAUCGUUGUGAUGAGGAGGGAGAAAAGGAAGACAACGUUAAGUAGCUGUCUAGUGCUUGUUUACUUGGAUUCCUUAACCCGUAAGUGAACCUUGAUCUUUUAUCAAGACAUGGAAGACCAAAACAUUGAAUGUACAUUUUCUAACAGACUUUUAAGACCUGGGACCAAACAAUCCAGCUCCCUUUUUCAUGUGUCUCCAUUGAAGGUUUUUGUUCA